GGUCGGUUCGGUCCACUCAUUAGACUAUCUGGGCGGGUUUAGAAAAGAUAACUUUUACGCACACUUUCACACGGUACCAUUUUCAAGUCUCGCGCCACCGGGCUUUGAUCGUGAGUCAGUAUUUAAUGGUCUCUCAAAGCAAACGGACCAAACCUUUCCCAGUCGGUUGUGUAGUGUACAAGUGCAGGUAUUAAAAACUAUACAAAUAUAAGCUGUCAGUGUACAAUGACAUCAUCUGCCAGUGCUGCGGUGAGUGUUCCGGAAUGGAUGACAAAAGAGUACUUUGUCGAUGCGAUAGUGGUGAAGCUGGGCAAACCGGCCACUGAUUUUACGAUCACCGACCUGGACGUUCGGCGCGCAACGGAGGCGGGUGAUAAUUAUGCCUCCAUUCUGUACCGCGUGCGCGUUUCGGUCCGUCUGCACAAUACCGACGGCGCGCCGAUGGACAUUUCGCUGAUUGUGAAGGCACUGCCAAAGCUUUCGCUGACAGAUGAAAUGGUGAAGCUGAUGAACCUGUUCCCGAAAGAGAUCGCCAUGUACACGAACGUGCUGCCCCGCCUGGAGCAGCUGUACCAUGAGGCGGGCCGAACCAGCGUGCACUUUGGUCCGCGCUGUCUCAAGCACAGCACCGAACCGACCGAUGUGAUAGUGCUGGAAGAUUUGCGCGAACGCCAGUUUACGAUGGCCAACCGGCGGCAGGGACUGGACAUGGAGCAUACGCGCCUGGUACUGCGCCGAAUGGCGCAGUUUCAUGCCGCGUCGGUCGUGCUGGAGGAUCAUCGCGGCCCGUACGGGGAGCUGUUCCGGGAGGGCAUGUUCACCGAGAAGGGGCGCGCGAUGAGCGAGCAGUUUCAGAAGGGACAGGCCGAUUUCUUCCAGAAAAUUAUGCGCUGCUGGUCGGAAAAGGCGCAACAUUGCGCCAGCGUGAUGCAACAUUGGGGCAUGGAUUUGUUUGACUCGCUGAUUCGCGUAACCCGCGCCAAUCGGAAGGGAUUCAACGUGCUGAAUCAUGGCGAUAUGUGGUGCAAUAACAUUCUGUUCCAAUACAAUGAGGACAGCACGGUGAACGAUAUCUUGUUGAUCGACUAUCAGCUUUGCUUCUGGGCUUCCCCUGCAAUCGAUCUGAUCUAUUUCAUGUUCACCUCGGUCAAUGGAGAUUUCAAGCUGUCGCAGCUGAACUACAUGGUGCAGUACUACCACGAGCAUCUCGUCGACAGUCUGAAGUUUCUCGGGUACACUGGUACCGUGCCGCUGCUGAAGGAGCUCCACUCGGACAUCAUCUCACACCAUCUGUUCGGAUACAUGAUUUGCUUUUCCAUACUACCCAUCUGCUUGAUGGAGAAAACGGACGACGCCUCGAUGGAUUUGAUGCUGGAUCAGGGCGCGGCGGGCGAAUCCUUCAAGCUGAAAAUGUACACCAAUCCGGUGUAUGUGCGGCAGAUGGAGCAACUGAUGGAGUAUUUCUUCGACAUGGGUGUGCACGAUUUGCUGCAAAUCGGAACACAGCGCCCAGCACGUAUCGACUGUGAUCCUUCGCUAGAGUUGCCCCUCUGGUUGGAUCGCGAGUUCGUAGAACACAUUGUUGACGCUAAGUUUGGCACUGCACCUGGUGAUAAGCGAACUGUCCGCAGCGUAUACACGAAGAACGCAGCGAAGAAGGGUGACAGUUACGCUGCAGCCCUAUACUCGGUCAAGGUGGAGCUGCUAUGGAAGGAUGCUGGCGUGGAGGAAACACUCUCGCUUAUCGUCAAAGCGCCACCAAAGGGAAUUGCCGCAUCCUACUCCCUAGAUAAGGAGGUGUACGUGCGAGAGCUUUACCUGUACGAGCACCUAAUUCCCGCCUUUGAAGCACUUUACCGUAGCAAGGGAGUAUCGGUGAAGCUAGGACCACGGUACUACAAACCACGCGUCGGUUUACCGGUGGAGGUGAUCGUGCUGGAAGAUUUAACAAUCUCCGGAUACCGUAUGGCUAUCAGACAGGAUUGCUUAGACCAGGCUCACUUGGAGGUUGCACUUAAUCAUCUGGCCCAGUUCCACGCUGCUUCAGCGGUCUAUAGCGAAUCGGGCAAAACGCUACCCGCGAUACUCACCGCAUCGUCCGCCGACCGGCAGAUGGCAGCAAAAACCGAUCACAUGUUUGCCCCUUCGCUGGACAGUUUGUUUGGAUAUAUGAGAGAGUGGGAUUUUGCGGGCGAAUUUGUAGACGAUUUGGAAACCGUUGCAAAACAGAUCUACCAGCUGCUUGUGGACACGUGGACCCUCAAUCCGGAUGGUUUCAAUGUACUCAAUCAUGGCGACGCCUGGCUUAACAAUAUGCUGUUCGCAUACAACGACUACGAUGGGUCCGUCGAUCGUAUGGCACUGAUCGACUUUCAAUUUCCGUCCUGGGGCUCGCCCGUGUUCGAUCUGAUUCACUUCCUGUUCUCCUCCGCACGGGCUGAUUUGAAGCUCUCCAAGCAAGCUUACUUUUUACGCUACUAUCAGGAACGCUUGGUGCACAACCUGGUGCUGCUCGGGUACGGGAAACCACUGCCGACGCUUCGGCAGCUUCACCUUGAUUUUAAUGAUCGUUUGACUUUUGCCAUCAAGACUGUCGUGAUCGAUUUACCGUACGUGCUGGUAGACGACACAGACGAUGCAUCGCAGGAAGCGGCCAUCGUACAGACGGAAGUGGGACAAAGGUUUCAGAAGCUUCUUUUCAAUAAUGAGCGCUACAAGGAGCAGCUGAAGGAUCUUUUGCCAUAUUUCCGAUCGCGAGGUUUGCUGACACCACUUGCCGCUAAUAGCAAGCGAGAUCAAUGAUUAAACGAUUCAAAUGAACACUAAUGGAAUUAAUUUGUAAAAAAAGAUACAUAGAGAACUCCAGAAGGUCCGGAACCAACAUAAUUCGCUACGAUAAUUCGCUCUACUAUUUCCAUGAAACAAAAAAGAUAAUUUCAGUUUUAUAUAUUCCUGUUUUCUUCCUCCUGAAUUAAAAAAAUCCGAUUUCAUAAGAAUAAAUAUGUAAAAUACCA